AUGAGUAAUGAUCAGCCCCAGACUCAGCCAGAGGCCCCUGCGGAGAAGAAGGAGGUCUCAGAGGAGAAGAAAGAGACCCCUGAAGAAACGAAAGAGACCCCCAAAGAAAAGAAAGAGACCACUGAAGAAAAGAAAGAGACCCCCGAAGAAAAGAAAGAGACCCCUGAAGAAAAGAAAGAGACCCCCGAAGAAAAGAAUGAGGCUCCCGCUCCCAAGGAGACGCCAUCCGAGCCGGAGAAGAACCCCGCCGACCGCCUCACAAGCUCCACCGUGCCCCCCGCAGUCCAGACCACCAAGGCUGCUGAAGCUACACCUACACCCAUCAGCACCGGCAAGCCUGCCGUUGUUAUAACUACUCAGGCAUCGGCCCCUGAGACCAGCAUGCGCUCCUCUUUGCCUUCUUCCGAGUCUGACCCUGGCAACAGCGCCCAGGGCGCUGCUGUACCCCUCAGCCUCGCCGAGGCCGACUCCUGCCGAUUGGACUAG